AUGUCUUCUCUGGACACGUGCUCUGACAAUCAGACUGAAAGUGCGGGUGGCGCCUCCCACGAAGUCAUGCAGAUCGACCUAGAAGUAGAAGAGCCCAGUGACCUGCCGGCCACUCAGCUGGUCACGUGGCAGGUGGAAUACCCGGGGGAGAUCACGUCCGACUUGGGGGUGUCCAAGAUCUACGUGAGCCAGAAGGACCUGAUCGGGAUCAUCCCCCUGGCCAUGGAGGCAGAGAUCCUGAACACCGCCAUCCUCACGGGGAAGACGGUGGCGGUCCCGGUGAGGGUGGUCUCCGUGGAGGAGGACGGCUCGGUGACCGACCUGCUGGAGUCCGUGGAGUGCAGAUCGUCCGAUGAAGACGUGAUUAAGGUUUCCGACAGGUGCGACUACGUCUUCGUGAACGGGAAGGAAAUGAAAGGCAAGGUGAACGUGGUGGUCAACUUCACCUACCAGCACCUGAGCGGCGCCCUGGAGAUGACGGUGUGGGUGCCGCGGCUGCCGCUGCAGAUCGAGGUCUCGGACACCGAGCUCAAUCAGAUCAAGGGCUGGAGGGUGCCCAUCAUGUCCAGCAAAAGGCCGGCUGGGGACAGUGAGGAAGAGGAGGACGAGGAGAGGAGGGGCCGCGGCUGCACGCUGCAGUACCAGCACGCCAUGGUGCGGGUCUUGACGCAGUUUGUGGCAGAGGCGGCCGACGCCGGGGCCCACCAGGCCCACCUGCUGGGCUCGGACUGGCAAGUGGACAUCACGGAGCUGACCGGCGACUUCAUGCAGGUGGAGGAGCCCAGGAUAGCCACGCUGCAAGGCGGGCAGGUCCUGAUUGGGCAGGAGCUGGGGAUGACCACCAUCCAGAUCCUGUCUCCGCUGUCGGACGCCAUCCUGGCCGAAAAGACCAUAACUGUGCUGGAUGAGAAGGUGACCAUCACAGACCUCGGGGUCCAGCUGGUGACGGGGCUGUCGCUCUCCUUGCAGCUCAGCCCGGGGAGCAACAGAGCCAUCUUUGCCACUGCGGUGGCUCAGGAACUUCUGCAGAAGCCCAAGCAGGAAGCCGCCAUCAGUUGCUGGGUGCAGUUCAGUGACGGCUCAGUCACGCCCUUGGAUAUUUACGACGGGAAAGACUUCUCCUUGAUGGCCACGUCCUUGGACGAGAAGGUGGUCUCCAUCCACCAAGACCCCAAAUUCAAGUGGCCUAUAAUCGCCGCUGGGACGGAAGGCCAGGGUGCCCUGGUAAAGGUCGAGAUGGUUAUCAGCGAGUCCUGCCAGAAAUCCAAGCGGAAGAGCGUGUUGGCUGUCGGGACGGCAAACAUCAAAGUGAAAUUUGGCCAGAACAAUGCCAACCCCAACGCCAGCGACAGCAGACACCCUGGGGCAGGUGUUCACCUGGAAAAUGACGUCAGUGAGCCAAGGCCCAAAAAGACCUGGCAGGAAUGGGAAAGCCCGGAAGGAAGGUUCUACAGCAGUUCUUCCGUGGGACUCAUGGAAGGGAGGGGCACCGCCACAGAGAGGUCGACCUUGCGGAGGAAGGACCAGGGAGGUUUCUUGGAUGGUGACAGCCACCUGCAGACCCUCCCCGUCGACCUCACCAGCUUCCCAGCCCAGGUGGACCUCCCCAGAGGCCACGGGGAGAUGGACGAGAACGACCUCAUGCAGGCGUCCAAGGGGCUGAGUGACCUGGAAAUCGGGAUGUAUGCUUUGUUGGGUGUCUUCUGCCUGGCCAUUUUGGUCUUCUUAAUAAACUGCGUGACCUUCGCGUUAAAGUACAGGCACAAACAGGUUCCCUUCGAAGAACAAGAAGGGAUGAGUCACUCCCAUGACUGGGUUGGGCUGAGCAACCGGACAGAGCUGUUGGAGAAUCACGUGAACUUCGCGUCUUCCCAAGAGGAGCGGAUCACUGCCUUUGACCGGGGCAUGGACUUCGAGGAGAGCAAGCACCUCCUCAGCACGAACUCCCAAAAGACCAUCAACGGGCAACUGUUCAAACCUUUAGGACCCACAAUCACAGACGGGAAAGAUCCGAAAAGUGAGCCCCCAACAUCCCCUACCUCAAAAAGAAAAAGGGUGAAGUUCACCACCUUCACCGCUAUCUCCUCGGAUGACACGUGCCCCGCCAGGGACUCCGUGGCGAUGGGCAGCGAGGACGACAUUAAGUGGGUCUGCCAGGACCUGGACCCCGGGGACUGCACGGAGCUGCACAGCUACAUGGAGAGGCUACACGAAAACGUGUAAGCCAGGCACACACGUGCACCUGCUCUCACUCACCUUUCAGCCUUUAAUUCCAGGAUGUGUAGCAACGGUGCGCCAGGGAGAGAGAUGGAAUGACAGGGCAAGAUAGGGUGAC